AUGAACUCUAUCCAACUAGUACAAUACCAUGUUGAAAAAAUUCUGUUGCAUUUAGAGCCAUUACUUCCUCUGGCCAAUUGCCACAUGGUAGAUUUUUUCACAAAUAAUAUAUUUAAGACUUGCAUAAGUCCUGAAAUUAGAAGUGAAAUUAAUUCAAUGUCUCACACCCAAGUAAUCCAAAAUAUAUUUGCUAAAAACUUCACAAAUCUUCCACUUCUGGGUGAAUAUUUUGAAUCUUGUAAAGCAUGUUCCCUGCUUGAAAAUGGUGAUGUUUGUUUAACACUUGAAAAAUUCUAUGAUAAAUUAGAAUCUUUUGGAUGUAAAGAUAUCAAUGGACUAAAACUGAAUAUUUUCAUGUCGCAGAAGAAGUCGCACGAAGUUGAAAUAUUGAGUUCAAUUGUUGCUUCUUUGAAAGAAAUUGGAGGAGCUAGUCAUAUCAUAGAUGUUGGGGAUGGUAAAGGUUAUUUAAGUUCCAUGCUAGCCUUACAUCAUAAAAUACCUGUAUUGGGAAUAGAUGCCUCUCCAAACAACUCAAAAGCUGCAGUAGAAAGAGUCCAGAAAUUAGAAAAAAUAUGGCAUAGUGUCUAUGAUAAUCCCAAGAAGUCUGUUCCUAAAAAAAAUGACCAAAAUUGUACACCUAGUGAUCACCUGUACAAACAAGUAACAAAGUAUGUUGAGCCAGAUAAAAACUUUGUCAAAAAUGCUGCAGAUGUUUUUGAAGAAGAAAUACAGGGAGUAAGUUUGGUAGGACUGCAUACUUGUGGGAAUUUGGCACCUACUUGUUUGAGGAUUUUUAAUGAGGAUCCUUCAAUCAAGACUUUAUCAAAUGUUGGUUGUUGUUAUCAUUUAAUGAAUGAGAAAUUUGAAUCUGAUUGCGGAGAACAUUUGUCUGGUUUCCCCAUGAGUGAUUACUUGAACAAGAAGAAAUUUACUAUAGGUAGAAAUGCAAGAAUGGUGGCCUCACAAUCUGUAAAUAGAAUUUUCAGUAAUAAAGAACUACCAGAUAUGUCAAUAUUUUAUCGAGCUCUACUACAACUAGUUUUAGAGACAAAAUGCAAAGAGUUACCUACUAGAACAGUCGGUAAAACCAGAAAAAAAUUCAACACGAACUUCGUAGAAUAUACAUAUAUGGCUUUGAAAAAAUUAGAAGUGAAUGCUGAUGAUUUGAAUAUAUCUGAUGAUUAUUUGAAGAAUUUAUAUAAUGAAUAUGAAGCCAGAUUAUCAGAAUUGAAUAUAUUUUAUUUGAUUAGAUGUAUGACAUCUCCUGUUACUGAAAGCUUGAUAAUCUUGGAUAGGUUGUUGUUUCUUCUAGAACAGGGGUAUGAUAAUUCAUUUUUGGUGCAGUUAUUUGAUCCAGUAGUUUCCCCUAGGUGUUUUGGAGUUAUAUCGUUAAAGAUUUAAUUUUUUUAUGUAAAUAUAUUUAUUUUGAACUGG